AUGAGAGAAGUUAUCAGUAUCAAUGUCGGGCAAGCUGGGUGCCAAAUCGGUAAUGCCUGUUGGGAAUUAUAUUCCUUAGAACAUGGUAUUAGACCAGACGGUUAUUUACAAGAGGGGUUAACAAGACCAAAGGGUGGUGAAGAAGGGUUUUCCACUUUCUUUUAUGAAACUGGUGCUGGGAAAUACGUUCCUCGUGCUAUUUACGUCGAUUUAGAACCAAAUGUCAUUGAUGAGGUUCGUACAGGUAAAUAUAAAGAUUUAUUCCAUCCAGAACAACUGAUUAGCGGUAAAGAAGAUGCAGCAAAUAAUUAUGCUCGUGGUCAUUACACUGUAGGAAGAGAAAUAUUAGACGAUGUCUUGGAUAGAAUUAGAAAAAUGGCUGAUCAAAGUGAUGGAUUACAAGGGUUCUUAUUCACUCAUUCACUUGGUGGUGGUACCGGGUCUGGUUUAGGUUCUCUUCUAUUAGAACAGUUAUCUGCCGAUUAUGGUAAGAAAUCUAAAUUGGAAUUUGCCGUGUAUCCAGCUCCACAAGUUUCUACUUCUGUCGUAGAACCAUAUAAUACUGUCUUAACCACACAUACUACUUUGGAACAUGCUGAUUGUACAUUUAUGGUUGAUAACGAAGCCAUCUACGAUAUGUGUAAGAAGAAUUUGGGUAUUGCUAGACCAAGUUUCUCUAAUUUAAAUAAUUUGAUUGCUCAAGCUGUUUCAUCAGUUACUGCAUCAUUAAGAUUUGAUGGUUCUUUAAACGUGGAUUUGAAUGAAUUCCAGACUAAUUUAGUUCCAUACCCAAGAAUUCAUUUCCCAUUGAUUUCAUAUGCACCAAUUCUAUCCAAAGAUAAAGCUUAUCAUGAAUCUAAUUCUGUGGCAGAAAUUACAAACGCUUGUUUCGAACCAGGUAACCAAAUGGUGAAAUGUGAUCCAACUACGGGGAAAUAUAUGGCCACAUGUUUAUUAUAUAGAGGUGAUGUUGUUACAAGAGAUGUUCAAGCUGCUGUUGCUCAAGUUAAAAACAAAAAGACUGUACAAAUGGUCGAUUGGUGUCCAACUGGGUUCAAGAUUGGUAUUUGUUACGAACCUCCAACCGCCACUCCAGAUUCACAAGCUGCUGCUGUUGAUAGAGCUGUUUGUAUGCUAUCUAAUACAACUGCCAUCGCUGAAGCAUGGAAUAGAAUUGACAAGAAGUUCGAUUUAAUGUACGCUAAGCGUGCAUUCGUUCAUUGGUAUGUUGGUGAAGGUAUGGAAGAAGGUGAGUUCACCGAGGCAAGAGAAGAUUUGGCUGCUUUGGAAAGAGAUUACAUUGAAGUCGGUGCUGACUCUUAUGCUGAUGAAGAAUUUUAA